ACGUCGCCCAUCAUGACCACUGAUCCACUCAACAGUCGUGCACAUACUAACCCUCAUCUCCUUCUUCUUCUUUCUCUCCAUUGCCGAAUGGCUGUCAUCCAUUGUCUUCCGCGCCGGCAUCAUUGGUCCGAUAAUUGUUGGCAUCAUCUAUGGCAUGCCGUUGGCCGACAUACUGCUUGAGAUCUGGCAGGAAACUUUUCUUGCCAUCGGCUACAUCGGAUUGAUCCUCAUCAUCUUUGAAGGCGGUUUGACAUCCCGUAUGGACUUGCUGAAGCAAAACUUCUUUCUGAGCAUGCUCGCUGCGACCACCGGAGUACUUUUCCCCAUCGGCCUGUCGUACCUGCUGUUGUAUCUCGGCUUUGGCUAUGGCGCUGUCGAAACAUUCAUCAUCGGCGCCGCCCUUUCAACCACUAGUCUUGGAACCACUUUCGCUGUCAUAGGAGGCGCGUCCAAGGACAUCGACCUUUCCCAGACACGAGUCGGUACUGUCCUGGUCAGUGCGGCAGUCAUUGACGACGUAUCCGGUCUGGUCAUGUCAAGCGUCAUCCAUGAUCUGGGUUCCAUAUCCGGAGGCGCAGAUGUCAAUCUCGGCUGGCUCAUCGGUAGACCCAUACUCGCGUCAAUUCUUAUGGCCGCAUUGACACCUCUGUUCUGCAAAUACGUGUUUGUGCCCCUCUUUCGCCGCUACAUCGAACACCACUUUGCACGUUAUGACCAUUUCUCUAACAUUGUGCUUAUGGUGGUAAUUCUUUGCGCUUUCAUCUCCAUUGCCUCUUUUGCAGGCACAAGUGUAUUGUUUGGGGCGUUCCUUGCAGGAUCCUUCAUUACGUAUCUACCAUCCAAGCACCCCGAUGGUCCUUUUGUGGUCUACUCUCGAGAACACGGAGAGCAGAACGAUGACAAGAGUCCUACCUUUGUUCACACGUUUGAGAAGUACUUCUCCGACACCCAGAAGUAUCUCAUGGAGCCUCUGUUCUUUGCCAGUAUCGGAUUUGCCAUUCCUUUCAUCGAUCUCUGGUCUGGCUCCGCCAUCUGGCAUGGUGUGGUGUACACGCUCCUGAUGCUCUUAGCAAAGGUCAUCGUCGGUAUCUGGAUCCCUUUGUGGGACGCUGUAACGAAAGGCAGAACAGCGAACGAUUCCAAGCCUUUACUAUUAGAGACACUCCCGACCGCCGGACUUCUCGGCUUUGCCAUGGUUGCUCGUGGUGAGAUUGGACUUUUGAUCGUCGAGAUUGGAUACAACUCCACUCCUUAUGUUAGCGACGCCGGCUUCUACACCGCUGUCUGGGCCAUUCUCCUCAACACGAUCAUUGGUCCAAUGGUCGUAGGUAUAAUCAUAAAGUUCAGAGGCAAAGGAAUUGGAAGUGGUUCCUGGGGUAUCCAGGAUUCUGAGGAGAAUGAUGGCAGUGAGAAGCCACAAAGUAACUCCCAAGACCAACGCCUGGAGGAAGGGUCUGAUAUGUCGGCGCAAUAACAUUUUCUCAGAUGGCAUUGUCCAGCGCGAAUAGGAAAAUGUUUGUUCAAAGCGUUAUAGACUACCCUAUUGCAAGCGAUUGAUCACCUUUCAGAACAGUCUUUCUACCCGAUAGUUUCGUAGCAGCCAUCGCAAUCUGUCGCACGAC